GUGAGAAAUAUCAUCGGGCAUGAUGCGGAAGUACAUGGCGCAUCACCAUUCAAAUGUUUUCACGUUGAGAUACAACAAGCACAAAAUCAUCUUCUACAUUCUGAUCGUCAAUUUCAUUUUUGAUUUUAAAGCUGCCACUUCAGAAAAAACUUCAAACGGUCCUGCUGGAAAGGCAUGCAGUCCAAUGAGAGGCAACAACUGCCACAUCACCUCGAACAAAUUUUUGGUCGGCCCUAGGCAAGAAGAUUCAACACUUCUUGAACGAAACUUUCAGGUAGGUGGCGACGAUGAAACUGGUGAAGUGAACCUGAGCAACAAAAUAGAUGGGAACGAUGGGGAGACGUUUGUGAGUCUGUACGAUUCACUGGUCCGUCGGUCAGACUUCCCUCUGGGUGUUAUAAGCAGAAACAACCGCACUAUCAGCGGCAACAGUUUUAAUGCCGAUGCAAAUGAAUUUGGACUCUUGUCAUCAAACAAAAUAUCUGCCGCCAAGAACGUUAAUUUAAUUUCGUCAAAUUAUCAGAGACCACAAAAGCAUUUUUACCAUGAAGACAAACAGAAACCAUCCAUGCAAACAAUUCCAAACUAUCUCUUUAUUACUACUAGCAGAAGUAAAAGGUCAAAAAACAGUUUUCAGAUAAAGCCAAGAACGCAACGUAAUGAAAUCAGUAAGCGAAAGUGGAACGCCAAGCCGAGAAUUUGGGGAAAAAGAAGUCCAAACUACCAAAAAUUUGUUGAAGAUCCCCUUCAAACGAACAUUGAUGAAGACGUCUCUAAUAUUCAGCCAGUCAGUGGGAACCAGGAAGAUAAUUUUGUCGAGAUGAACAAAUAUUUUGAGAAAAGAAAUUGGGGAAAGAAGGCCAGAAUUUGGGGCAAGAGAAGUUUGUCCGAGUUGAAGGAUGACGACGAAGAUGAAUAUGAUGCUUUAAAAAUAGCGAAUGCUCGUUGAUGUUGCAUAACCAUCUUUUAAAUAAAUUUAUCAAACCUUCGUCAAUUUAAAAUGUUUGCAAAUGGUGUCAUAAGAAAUAACAAAAAUAUUUUUUAACAAAAUUUCGGAUGAGACAAUUCUUGCAUAAUAUGAACUAAUAUAUUUUUCAAAAGUUUAAUUUAAUAAAUUAUUUGCAAUC